GGACAUGUACUUUGGAGAACACGAAUUCACGGCGUGCGCCGGGCUGUAUUAAGAUCCAACGCGAUAAUAUCAAUGCACCUACCAAUGUCGAUGAGCAUCUCAAUAGCCCUGCUCACCAUACCAUCUACAAGCCCGCAGACUGACGAGAUGACGUCUCUAUUGGAAGCGGGGUCUGCUCUAUCUUCCCCUAUUGAAAUCGUUGAACAAGUGGCAUCCUCGAUUACCGUGGAAGUGUCAUCGUCUACCGCCGCCAUUCAACCGUCUCCUCACCACUUCAAGAAGCAACCCCCAUCUCUGGUAUUUCAUACGUGCGUUGAUAGUCCGCUUUCUGGCAUUUCAUCAUCAGUGUUUACUAUUCUUCCCGGACAUCUACCAUGUCUUCAAGCGAUACAAUUAGGCUUCUCCGGUCGAUUCACGGAUGAUAGAUAUUUCCCCAAAUCCCUCGCGUUGUAUGUAAAAAUCACCAUGCUGACUAUAAACAUGAUCUUCUCGACGUCGACGGCCUACAUCACAGAUCGCGUUGUCGCCUAUCGGUCUUGGUCACAACCACUACGUCUAUUAUUUCUGCGGACCAUGGGGGACUACCCAAAGACAAGGCAGCUUGACGUUUUCAUAUGGAGAUUGUUGGAUCGGCACCGACCAUUGCGAGGGAUGCUCAGAUGGCAUCAUCCUUGCUUGCAGCCAUCUGUCCCUAACUCGAAGAGGAUUAUAUCUGUCUUGACAAUACCAAAUGGAUUGCACAUCUCCUAUUUUUAUCCCACAAAACAAAUGUCCAGCAUAUUGGCGUCUUUCUACAAAGACUGUGUCCAGAAGAAGUCCCUGGCCUCGUCAAUCUUCUGUCGACCAUCUCAUCUCCUUUCCUUCGCAAGAUUUCUUUCACCGGUUGGAAUGCUUUUAAACUCCUCGGUGCUUCAGAGUGGGAAUUGUCUAACGAGGCUCUUUUUGCUGCUCGCUUUCAAGACCUGCAUUCCUUCGAGCUGGUCUAUCCUGCUUCCUUGAAUCAAUUGGCAACCAACAACCGGCUUCAUCGAAGUGCUUCCCGAGGACUGGUAGUUGUUCAUGUUAGCUCUCUCAAAACCGAGGAUUUGAAUCACUGUUGGAUACAGCAUGGGCCAGAACGGGCUCGCGAGCUCUUGGGCUGAGUAUAGGUUCAUUCGUGAUACACAACGCGUCCCGAUGUUAUACAAUAUAUGGAGUACUAGACUUGUCCUAUUUUAGGGGCCUCUCACUGGGGGAUGUAUCACUGGGAGGACUUCAUUUCCUGUCCGUCAUGUCAUCGCCCAUCACAAAGACUAGAUGAAUAGCGCUUUUGGAGGCGGUGCGAGGUUCAUAUGUUCCAUGUUGAGAGGCAGAGGUAUGAAAUAUGGUGGUGGCGCAUCGAGUGCUGCGUUGCAUUCAAUGAAGUUGAGAUAAAGGUGAGAUGACUCGAAAACACGCAAGCCUGAGCUCGAUUUAUAGAGUAGUUUGUCCCGGCGAUCGGACGACAAACAAUAGUUUUUGUGGUAGAAGCUAAAUGAAGAUGUUCAAGCCUU